AUGGAUGGUAAUUUCUACUCCUCAUAUACAAUACUAUUUGACCUAUUCAAGCCCGAUCAAUUGAUAGGAGAGGUAUUCAUACACGGUGAAUCAAGUGUCAAGGCUGCAGAGUAUUUGGGAGUGCUAGACAAGAAACAUCUGGUCAAUUUUGGGGAGGAUCUGUUUGCAGAGCCCUGGACUAAUCUCGUAUUUGCCAACAGGAAUAUUUUCACUGAUUUACCCAAGAAAUCUGUUACUUCAGGUGAUCUAAUAAGCUCAUUAAACAGUCUUACGCCCAGUGAGACUCUGAUCGAACAGAAAGUCAAGACACUUAAGCUUCGCGACUCCAACAAAAUCGACUACCGCUUUUCUAGGGUUGAGGUUGAGGUGGUGGAUAUGAACAGCAUUGAUUUGCAGGCAAACGAGCCUUUAAAGGCCAAAUUGCUCGGCUUUGGAGUAAUCAGGCUUUUCAGAGACCGUGAUGAUAUUCAAAACGAGGGGGACGAAUCAAAGAUCACUGGAGAUGAGACAAUGGUUGCUAUGUUGGGAGUGCCGUUCUACUUUUCAGCCAGCGACCUGCUGUUGGGAUUUUUCGACGCCAAUGUAAGAAAUCAGGUGUCUCACUUCAGGCUGAUUCGAACACAAGCCCCUAACCGAUUUAUGGUGCUGAUGAAGUUCAAAGACGCACAACAUGCGAGAGAGUUUGUUGAUAAUUAUAACGGGCAACCAUUCAACUCCAUGGAGCCAGAAACGUGUCAGGUUGUAUUCAUCAAGGAGAUACUAUUUCGUCCAAACAAACACGAUAAUGAUACCCUUAGCACGAUACCCUAUCUUUUGGACGACCCAUUCACAUCUAGCGACAGGGCUCCAGGUUCCUCAUCACAGCUGAUUGAGCUUGCUUCUUGCCCCGUUUGUUUGGAGCGGCUCGAUUCGUCCGUCACAGGGCUGCUUACCAUCCCGUGUCAGCAUACUUUUCAUUGCCAAUGCCUAUCGAAGUGGAAGGAUGACUCGUGUCCAGUGUGUCGAUAUUCGGCAAAAUUCGAUGCGCGCAAGAACCGUCAAGCCGAUCAGGAGGAAAGGUGUCUCGUUUGCGGAACCAGCGAUAAUCUAUGGAUCUGUCUCAUCUGUGGCAACAUAGGAUGUGGACGGUACGAUUUGGGCCACGCUAUUGACCAUUACAACGAGACUUCACAUUGUUUUGCUAUGGAAGCAACAUCGCAGCGAGUGUGGGACUAUGCCGGCGACAACUACGUUCAUCGCCUAGUCCAAAACGAGGCCGACGGAAAACUUGUUGAGUUACCUAUACAUAGCGGAAAAGAGCACCAAUCCAGCUCUUCAGGAAAUGAGGAUAAGGUUGAGAAGAUUGGGUUUGAGUAUUCCAAGAUGUUGAUCGCUCAAUUGGAGUCCCAACGUGAGUUUUACGAGAUGAAAUUCGAGGAGGCUAAUAAUCGAGUGCUAUUGGCUAAUGAAAACAUACAGGCCAUGAAGGAGCAACUCCACGAGCUUCAACAGAGUUUGGCAAAAGCUAGGCCAGAGAAAACAGAAAACAGUAAGAAGCAGAGAGAUCUGGAACUGGAAAAGAAGUAUAAAGAAGAAGUCACAUUAAACGAAGCACUAUCGGAGAAGGUGGAUUAUCUCACGAAAGAGAACCAAGAGCUAAAGGCACAGAACACAGAGCUGCAGGAGCAAGUUAAUGAUAUUAUGUUUUAUUUGGAAUCGCAAGAGAAAUUUAAGAAUGCACCGGAUGAAGUGAAGGAAGGUAAGAUUAUCACCAAACCUAGUCGGAAAGCAAAGAAGAAACGCUAA